AUGAAUCUUGGAAGCACUGCCAACAUGUCUGAUAUUCAAGAAGCCACUAACCAACUUUUGCAUGUGAACCUUCAUGAGAACCAGAGGGAUACACACGUGACAGAAAGUGUCCCCAGAAGUGAGUCCGAGCAUCUUCGAGUCACUAUUGGAGCCACUGUACCUACUGGUUUUGAGCAAGCAGCUGCAGAUGAAGUGAGAGAGAAAUUGAAAUCAUCAUGCAAAAUCAGCAAAGAUCGGGGCAAGAUAUAUUUUGACAUUUCAGUGGAAAGUUUGGCUCAGGUUCAUCGUCUGAGAUCAGUUGAUAAUUUAUUUGUGGUUGUUCAGGAGCUUAAAGAUUACCAGUUCAAAGAAACAAAGGAAAAAGUCCUAAAAGAUUUUGAAGAAUUGGCUGGGAAGCUUCCAUGGUCAGACCCUUUAAAAGUAUGGAAAAUUAACACUAGUUUCAAGAAAAAAAAAACAAAGCGCAAAAAGUUAAAUCAGAAUUUAAAUAAAGAGAAGAUUGAUAAUGAACGAGACAAAAGAGAGGAGAGAGAUGUCAAAAAGGAGUUGUCUAACAAUUCCUUAGAUUCACAUAUUUUAGACUACUAUGAAAAGCCAGCCAUCAAAGAAGAGAUAUCAACAUUAGUAGGUGAUGUUUUGGCAUCUUGCAAAAAUGAGACUGAGGAGAGCUUAAAAGAAGACACUGAUCCCGAAGUGCUAAAGUUCAGAGUCACGUGCAACAGGGCAGGAGAGAAACAUUGCUUUUCCUCAAAUGAGGCUGCAAGAGAUUUUGGGGGUGCUGUUCAAGAUCAUUUUAAGUGGAAGGCUGACAUGACCAAUUUUGAUGUGGAGGUGCUUUUGAAUAUCCAUGAUAAUGAAGUUAUUGUGGGCAUCGCAUUGACAGAAGAGAGCCUCCACCGAAGAAAUAUCACACAUUUUGGACCUACAACUCUAAGAUCUACUCUUGCUUAUGGGAUGCUCAGGCUCUGUUCGCCUCAACCUUCUGAUAUAAUAGUUGAUCCAAUGUGUGGAACAGGGGCAAUACCAAUAGAGGGGGCUACUGAAUGGUCUAAUUGCUUUCAUAUUGCUGGUGAUAAUAAUCCAUUGGCUGUGAAUAGAACAGCAAAUAACAUUUCAUCUUUACUGACCAAGAGCCAAAUUAAAGAAGGCAAAUUGUCCUGGGGUUUGCCCAUAGAUGCUAUUCAAUGGGAUAUCUGCAACCUGCCACUGAGAACUGGCUCUGUGGACAUUAUUGUAACAGACAUGCCAUUUGGAAAAAGGAUGGGCUCCAAGAAAAGAAACUGGAACCUUUACCCAGCUUGCCUAUGGGAGAUGGGCCGUAUCUGUAAACCAGGGACAGGCAGAGCUGCACUACUUACUCAGGACAAGAAAUGCUUUACCAAGGCAUUAUCUGGAAUGGAACAUGUGUGGCGCAAAGUGCACACUGUCUGGGUGAACAUAGGUGGUCUUCAUGCUGCAGUUUACCUUCUGAACCGUACACCUCUAGCUUUUGUUCAUCCUUCAGGACAAGAUAAAGAGGAACUCCUAAGUGCAAAGAAUGAUUAA